AAAAGAACAUGGCGUGCCGUCUUCAGCGGUUAGGCGUUUGUCAAACUACAUGACGUGUAAAGCGCAUAUUUGGACAUUUACGGCGAGAAAAGAGCACCCUAAAUGUAUAUUUACAAGCGUCGAAGCAGCGUCGCAUGCCUGUUGCAUUAACAGCCGUCGUCGGUUAGCGUCUGCCAUUAGGUUCAAGGCGAGUGACUUCAUCUCCGAUUUAGCCUCCAGAGAGAAGGCGAGCAGCUGGGAUGAAUAAAAAGUACAACACCGCAGCUCAGAGACUUCGCCAGGAUUACCUGAGGCUCGCGAGGGACCCGGUCCCUUACAUCAUCGCGCACCCGUUGCCUUCCAACAUUCUCGAAUGGCACUAUGUUGUCCGAGGACCCGAGAACACUCCGUACGAAAACGGAAUCUACCACGGGAAGCUGAUGUUUCCGGCGGAGUUUCCGUUCAAGCCGCCGAGCAUCCUAAUGAUCACGCCAAGCGGCCGCUUUAAGUGCAACACCCGGCUUUGCCUGAGCAUCUCCGACUUCCACCCGGACAGCUGGAACCCGGCCUGGUCUGUGGCUACCAUCCUGACUGGACUGCUCAGCUUCAUGGUGGAAAAGAAUCCAACAUUAGGGAGCAUUGACACUACAGACAGGGAGAAACGCCAGUUGGCAAGAGAAAGCCUGGAGUUCAAUUUGAAGGACCAGGUCUUCUGUGAACUUUUCCCGGAGUUGGUCGACGACAUCAAGGACCAGAUUUCGAAGAGGAAUGCGGAAGUAGAGGCCCAAAGUGCCUACCUGGCGGAGCAGCGGAGCCUAUCCGGAAGCAGCAUGGCCGAGCAGGGCUACGGCUUCCUGGGCAGCACGCUCACCAACAUCUUCGUCAUCGUCGGCUUCGCCGCUUUCGCCUACACGGUCAAGUACGUCCUGACGUUCAGCGCCAAGUGAAUGUUGUGUGCCGCCGUCUAGAGGCGGCGGGACCGUGUUUGUACGUGCCAGAUGGAAGGACCGUCGUGUACAUAAUUGAGCGUCUUUCGACGCGAGUUUGCGGCCCCAGCGGAGUUCGCGCUUGCGAGGAAUAAAGCGUGUCUGCCCGUACCUUGGAACGUCAAGAUCCGUGCGUCAAUGGCGCGUUGUUGGCGGCCAGAGAUUGUUCUUGUACAGGUGGGGGGCGGUACAGCGGUGGACGAAAGAAACUGCGACGGCGCAAGAACCAGUUGGUCUUGGGAGUCGCCUCGGCAAUUUCCGGAGUGCCGUAAUAUAAAGGAAUCUGUCGACCAUAAGUCAUCUAGGCAGCAAAAGGUGACGGUGCAGUAAAUGGGGAUUAGCAGAAGCACCCGAUUGUUUUAAAAUGGAAAUUUUAAGGUGGUAAAGGCUUGUAACACCACCCUUCAUUGUAGUGCCCAAUAAGCCUCCACAUCGGAGUUUAGUUUGCCCCGGACCAGUGGCCCGCGCGUGACCGUAUUGCUGCCGUUGAGCUACCUAUUCAAGUCUGUAUUGGCUACCCUGUUUUCCUGGUGUUCCCCCCCAGACGUUUUUUUUUUUUGUGUAGUUAUUUAAAAAAUGCUGCGUACGCUACAAAACCAGUCACGUGGAAUAAACUCGAUUAAUGCAUUACACAGAAGACUGAAAACAUGCCACAGCAGGCAAUCCUACAGCAGGUAAUGCUGAGCUUUCGAAAUCAACUCCAAUGGUGUAACGAGACCAUUUAAGCGGACACAACUGUUGCGAGGGGUACUAACUUUCUUUUCGAGAGAAAUCUGUCACCAGUACACCAUUAGUGAUUCAUUAGCACGAACUGGUGCCUAUUCAUACCUCAUACCAUCUUGAAAACAGUCUGGUGUUUCUGUUGAACCCCUGUACCUACAGUCACCUGAUUUGUCAAAGAGAAAAAAAAAAAAGUAGCUGGAAAUGAAAGUUUAAAGGGGGCAUUUUUAUGAGAACAGGGAUAAACUGGGUGAGGGGAUCAUCCAAUGUAUGGCCAAGUGGCAAAACUGAAAUCAAGCUUGGAGCCCUACCGAGUGACCAUACCUGGUGCAUCCAAUUUACAAGUGCCCAUUUAUGGUGAUGUGUGAAAUGUAUAUGUGCGGUUUGCGUCGUGAACCUUUAACACUCGUACACCGGUAGUUGGCCUUCAGUUUUCUUUCGUCCUCGGCUGUACCGGAAAGUGUGUGAAGAUGUGCAGUUUGACUCUGGCUGUAUUUUCUUGCUGCCCGGUGCACAUGAGUCUGCAAGGACCGUGCUUGCCUGACACAAUGCGAGGAUGCCUGCUGGCUUGGUCAGGAAUAAAGGAAUUACUUUUUGAUUUUUAGGAGUGGAACACUUGUGCAAUUUUUGGAAUGCAAAGCUAGAGCGUUCAUUGUUUUUACCCAUACCUGGUGUUUUUUGGUGAACUACUAUGUGCCGAGCGAUAGGGUAUUGUUUAAUCUGCUGAAAAGGAAGGUGACGUUUACAGUGAGUACAUUCUAAUGUCGACUAGUUUCUCAUUCUUAAAGGGACACUGACAUUCCCCAAAAAAUGUUAUUUUUUGCCAGGCGAUUUAUUAUGGUGUCAAGACUACCCAAUCAAUAUUUUGCUACAGCGUUUCCUAUAUCUUUAAUAAAGUAAAAAAAUGAAACUGCUCAAAACUGAAACUGGAACGGUGGAGGAAGAAAUAUAGAGGAGGAGAAAGUUACCAAAAAUCGCGUGGCUGUGCAACUUUUUUUUUUUUUCAAUCAAUGUAUUUUCAGUUUUUUUACUAGCCACAAAAGAUGAGUAUCAUAUUGUUUGUCUAUUUUUAGCAUUGAAUGUGUGUCUUUGAUGACCCACGACCUUGAUUAUCUUUGAUGGUUGUGUGUAAACCAUAGGAAAUGGCACAUGACCUCCAAGAAGAGUGCGAGCACGACUCAAACCGGCCAGUUCUCGAUUGGUGGUUUUCAGGCUGAAAGAAGACUAAUUUCGAGCCGCAAAAUGUGUUCUGGGUAGUUGGGCUCUCAUAUGUCGUGUCCAAAUGAAAACCUUGGCGAGCAUAAAUACCGUGUCAGUGUCCCUUUAAGUAAAAAAUGUUUUUGUGGGUACAUUCUUGAUCAUGCAGUAUUGAAUGAAUUUAUGUGGACAGGAGCAGACAAGUAGGAUUCAGAAGAGUGCUGUCAAAAGUAGAGUUCCUGUAUAGGCUCCCUACGGGAGCCAGAGUUGUGCACUCAUACUCAGCGGGUGGCCAUAGCACCAACUUUCUUACAUGGCCAGGGAUCCUUUGCUCGUCACGUGACUGAAUUCGGCGAAUAUCGGUGGUGCGUGCCGCCAUGCUUGGAAAACAGGAAAGGAGGAGAGGGAGGCAAAACCAGAGGGACAUACGCCGAGGUGCGUGCAACGUCGACGAAGUGACUUUCCUGCACGGUGUAGGAUUCUUUGCUCCUCACGUGACCGAUCUUGGUGAAUAGCGGCGCAGCAGCAUGUAGAAAACAGACACGCAACUCUGACUUCCGUAGGGAGCCUAUAUAGAAACUCUAGUCAAAAGGAAGGCUCUGUUGGAACCCCAUUGAAUCAAUGGCCUCAUAAAGGCCAAAGGGCUUUUAUGAGGCCAUUGCUUUUACGAGGCAAACCAACAGGGGCAAACCUAUUGGUUUGCAACUGCCUGUUUUGAUUUGUGUAAUACUGGAGCCCGAGUGUUCAAAUUAAUGGUAUCAAUUCCAAUGGCUUGCAUACGUCCAUAUUGCUUUUCUUUGUGCCAGACGGUUUGGUGUGAGACUUGCACAAAACUAAGAAUUAAGAUGGAGCCACAAGGUCAUUCUGAAUCUUUGCAGAAAAUAUCAUCAGUUGGAAAAGAAGAGGUUGACUGCAGUUGAGUGCUCGUGUUUAGAUGGCAAUGGAUACCUAUUUUUGCCAUCUUCUGUUUAGUUCUGUACAGAUUUCAUUGUCUAUUGUAUUUCAUAACAAAGAAACUUGUGACUAUCGAUGUGCAUUUUAGGUCCAAGGAGAACGAUCCUCUGUGAAGAAGAAUAAAGCUCGUACAAACAUAUUUCUUUUUAACAACAAA